AUACCAAGAUAGAACUAGUUUAGUCUGGAAAUAAUCAGUUUUUUGGCCGCUAGAAGAAAAUUACAAUUUCUUAAUGUUGCUUUGCAAAUGAAAUUAUUCGGCCAUGUUUUCUUCAAGGUGACCUCAUCAAAAUAAAUUCAUUUAUCUGAAACUAAAAUUGGUACUUAAGAAUGCAAAACACAGCGCACAUUUCACAUUUCAAAAUGGUGCCGCUUCUAGUUACAUUUGCUUUGCUCGCCGCUGUCGGAAUCCUGAUACACAAAUAUCUGACAUGGCACUACGAUACCUUUAAAAAGUUGGGCAUAGCCGGCCCAGAGCCAAAAAUAUGGUUCGGAAAUUUAACCGGCAAACAGCAAAUAGGUUACGAUUACGAUGACAUCUAUAACAAAUACAAGCAGAAACACCAGAUUGUUGGCAUGUUUGUUUCCAGACAACCUGAGUUUUUAAUACUAGAUCCGAAAUUGGCACACGAAGUCUUAGUAACGAAUUUCAAGAGCUUUCGGAAUAAUUUAGGAUCCAAAUUCCUCCACGACAAAGAAGAAGAUCCAGUCGCCAAAUUCAAUCCCUUUUUCAAUGUUGGUGAGAAAUGGAAGACGAUACGGUCCGACGUAAUGGGUGGACUAACACAGCACAAGUUCACCUCAGCCUAUCCGAUUUGGAAGACUUGUACUCAAAAGCUUGGAAAACUCUUAAAUGCACAGACAGCAAAAGGCAGCUCUAUAAUCGAAACUAAAAAUCUUCUAUUACGCUAUACAUCCAAUAUAAUGGGUGAAUUCCUAUGGGGCAUUGAAACGAAAACGCUGGACAGUCUCGACGAACCGAAUCAUUAUCUGGAAGUAUCGCAUGAACUAAUUCACCAAGUGUUUCACGGUUUUAUGAGCUAUUACAAUUGCAUACCCUUCCCUUGGUACCGACGCUUUGCUAAUCAUCGAAUCUUCACUGCCGAAAGUGACCAGCUUUUUUCACAGCUUACAAAAGCCGCAUACGAGUUGCGUGAGAAAGAUGAUAGCAAAAAGAAUCAAGCUGACUUCUUAAAUUACGUGCGCCAAUUGCAGGAAAAGAAGCAUCUCUCCCAUAAUGAAGUGGUAGGCUACCUGGUGACCGUUUUUCCCGAUGGUUUUGACACUUCAGCAACAGUUGCUUUUCACGCCCUUUUCUACUUGACCCAUCAUCCGGAGUGUCAGGAAAAAUUACGUAAAGAAAUUUUAAGCAAUCUUGAAGCAGACGGCAAUAUAAAUUAUCAAGCUUUGUCUCUGCUCCCUUAUUUGGAUCAGUGUAUAAACGAAACCUUACGUAUGAUAAGUCCCAUUACAUUUAAGCCGCGCCUCUGCACAGAAUCAACCGAAUUUGUAUUGGACGAUGGACGUCGCAUACCCAUCGAGGUGGGACAAGUAGUAACUAUUCCCAUAUUCAGUUACUUACAUGACGCCGAGUAUUUUGAAGAUCCGUUGGAAUUCAAACCGGAUCGUUUUGAAAAUGUUGAUAUUUCGGAGUUGACGAAGAGGGGAAUUUUUUUGCCGUUUAGUGAUGGACCACGAAUGUGCUUGGGUCGUCAUUUGGGUCUUUUGCAAAUAAAAACAGCUAUCGUCGAAGUGCUCAAGAACUAUCGUUUGAAAGUCUGCGACAAAACUCCACCGAUAGCGAAGCUCGGCUCACCAGCGCUUAUGAACGCAGUGGAAGGUGAUUUAUUAGUCGAGUAUGAGAGAUUAUGAUCAUAAACAGUGAGGCUCCCAUAUUGUUAGUAUUUUUAAAGUAAAUCGAGGCUAUUGAUUUUUUCUAAGUUCUGUGAAUAAGUAUUUCUGAUAUAUGGAAUGAAUAUUUCCAUUAAACAACUUUAAGAUAUUAUGUUAGUUUACAUAUAACACUUGAACAUCGAAAAAUUUUUAUAAGAAUAAAUGAAACAAGU